AUGUCGGCUGCUUCCAGACUUCCCCAAGCCGCUCAUCAUGCUGUGAAGUCCACGUUCGGCGCGGCCAAAGAUGCUGCGAAGAAGACAUUUCUCCCAGAUGGCCUGAAGGCGAGGCAUACUCCGAUCGUGACCACAGACAAUGCGGACGGUCCAUACUGGAGGAAUAAUCGUACGGGACGACCGACCACCGACGGCCUGACAUCUUGGACUGGAAAUGGAUCCCGCCAAAGAUCAACGUCUGAAGGCACUCCAAGGUCAACUUAUUCUCCAAUCACCCACAAUCGACUACCCAAACAACCCUCACAGCCCCGUCCAACCAACGACCCUAACGCCCUCCUACGCUACCUCUACGACCCCUACCCGAACGCAAUAAACUACACCACCUUCGCCAGCACAAGAGCCAUAGCCGAAGAUCCCUACCACCCCUACCACAUCCGCACGCGGCGACGUCUCGAAGCCUUCGAUCCGAGCAAACUGCACUGGCGCGUGCAUGUUCCGAUGGAUGUGUCGAAGAAGUCGGCGAUAAGGAAUUGGGCGAAGAAGAGGGUUAGACGGGCGAUAGAGAGGGAGUUGGAGAGAGGUGGGUUCGAGACGGAUGGGGGCGUCAAGGAUGGAGGGGAGGGAGAGGGAAUGAGAGGCGCGCUUUUGGUGAUCUUGAGUAAAGAUCCGAAGGCCGCGCUGCCUUUUACAGAUGAGCAGGUGAAGGGCGAUGUGGCUACGCUUUUGGAGAGUGUUAGGGAGAGGCAGAGGAGGGGGCAGAGACUUGGUCAUUCUGUGGCGGGGUUGAGACAGAGGUCUCCGGUGGUGGGCCUUGCCAUCGGAGAACCCUUUCCCUCCGACGCUUGA